CAUCAAGGGCCGAAGGGCCUGUUCUGUGAACUACUGUUCUGUGUUCUAAAGAGCUGCCCAAAUGAUGGCUGUCAAUUGCUUUUUUUUAAAAAUCCUAUCUGGUUCACUAAUGUCCUCCAGGGAAGGAAUUUGCCAUUCUUACUUGGUCCGGCCUACAUGUGACUCCAGACCCAAAGCAACGUGAUUGAUGUUUACCCGCCCUCUGUGAUUGGCUCAGUCCGAGGGAAAUUAGAGACGGAUAAUGAAUUCUGGUCUUGCCCGUGACACCCACAUCCCAUGAAAGAAUGUGUUAACCCAUAUCGUCUGUGUUUAUCUCCGUGUCUGAGACACGUCGUAUGGACUGCCUCCGUUUUGAUGCACUGGUUCAUUCCGAUCUUUCCAGUGACCCCGAAAUGCCGGCUAUUGCACCUGGAGAUGCUUCACAAGAUGCGGACAGCGAGCAGCCAGCCUGGGGGUAGGAGGGUGGAUGACCUGUACGACCCGGACUGUGAGACCAAUGGCACCUUCAAGGCCAAGCAGUGUGAUGAUGACUCCAACCUCUGCUGGUGUGUGGACAGUGCAGGGGUCAGGGUCACUGACAAGACUGGCGACGACCCCAAAUGUGACCAGCUCGUCCGUGUCCAUCUCAUCCAGAUCGAUUUCAGCUUUAAAGUGGAGUUUGUCUUCCUAAAGAUGAAGGAGCAGGCUCUCCGGCGGAAGGUGGCCAUCAAACUGGUUAAAGAGUACACACUAAAGGCAACUCAGAUCCUGGAAAUCAAGGUCCAUGAAAUAUCCCGGGAAAUCAGCAUCCGACUCAGUGAGAAUGGGACAAAGGACCCAACGGACAUCUCCACUGUGGCCUAUUACAUUGAAAGAGAUCUAAAGAUGAACAAAUUCACGCUGGAAGUGGAUGGAAAGAGUCUGCAGGUUGAAAGGGAGUCGGUACAGGUUUGGUUCUUUGACAAUGAGCCUCCUCGAAUCAACAUGAAGACCAUUUCACCCGGUUUCGCAGCCAUUAUCAUUAUCAUCGCCCUGGCUAUCCUAACGGGGAUUGCAGUGUUUGUUGUUGUCAGAAGGAGAGCUAAAGAAGACAGACGGAGAAUCCAGUUUGAAGUGAUUGAGGGGCAAGAAAUGGAUGACCAUCACCUUGCUGAGAGGAUGGGCUUAGCACGUUAAGAUCAUCAAGAAGCUUUGUGUAUCACACAUCUCGUAUUUGUUGCAUGCAAGGAGUUUUUGCAAGUGAGCCUCAUGUUUAUAGUUUGUUCUGCACAGUGCCAUGAGUAAACCCAACUGAUGAUUU